AUGGCCCUUAACCUCCUUAACCUUCUUAAGGUGGACCUUAACCUUCUUAAGGUGGAAGCACAAGGAGGAAAUGGCGGCGACCAAUGGGAUGAUGGAUCCGAACACGACGCUGUGACCAAGAUUCAGGUCGCAGCAGGAGGGGAGGGUAUUCUAUCUGUUCAGUUCGACUAUGUCAAGAACGGUCAAGCCGAAGAAGCCCCUCUCCACGGUGGCCAGGGCAAUAGUACCGAAGCUGAUCCGGCUAUUUCACUUUCCCUGCUCGGUAUUCUAUCUGUUCAGCUCGGACAUGUCAAGAACGGUCAAGCCGAAGAAGCCCCUCUCCAAGCUGAUCCGUUUGUGAUUGACCAUCCAGAGGAGCAUCUGGUUUCUGUAGAAGGUUGGUAUGACCCCGAAGGAAUCAUCCUGGGGCUUAAGUUCAUAUCCAACAAGAAGACUUCUGAUGUGAUUGGAUAUGAAGGUGGUACUCCAUUUACUCUCCAAGUUCAAGGCAAGAAGAUCGUUGGCUUUCAUGGCUUCGCCGGAGAAAAUCUUAAUUCUCUUGGAGCUUACUUUGCUCCGUUGACCAAAAAGCUAGAAGCAAAGGGUGGCGAGGCAGGAGAAGUAUGGGAUGAUGGCACUUUUGAAAGUGUUAGAAAGGUGUAUAUAGGGCACGGGGAAAAUGGUGUAGCCUUUGUCAAGUUUGAGUAUGUUGAUGGUUCUGAUCAAGUUGUUGUUGGAGAUGAACAUGGAACGAUGACAGAGUCAGGAGCUGAUGAGUUUGAGGUUGAUGCGGAUGACUACAUCGUAUAUGUGGAAGGUUACCAUGGGAAAAUUGAUGGGGAAGACACAGAAAUCAUCAUGGCUCUUUUAUUCAAGACUUAUAAAGGCAAAACCUCUCCGCGGUAUGGAGUCAAGUCCGGUAUAAGAUUUGUGCUCCAAGGUGGCAACAUCGUUGGUUUUCACGGACGUUCCACUGAUGUUCUACACUCUCUCGGGGCGUAUAUGUCUCUCGGGGCCUAUAUGUCUCUGAAAUCCACUACAACAUUGCUUGGAAAGUGGACGAAGGUGGAGCAAAACGGAGGGGAGGGUCCAGGGCCAAGAAGCGCACAUGACAUAGUACAAGUAGGAAACAAGAUUUACUCCUUUGGUGGAGAGUUGACAGCAAACCAACCCAUCGACAAAGAGCUUUACGUCUUUGACCUGGAGACCCAAACUUGGUCCGUUGCUCCAGCCACCGGAGACGUUCCUCACCUCUCUUGCUUAGGCGUCUACCUGGUAUCAGUUGGAACCACUAUCUAUACCUUUGGAGGCCGAGACGCUUCCCGACAAUACAAUGGUUUCUCCUCGUAUGACACGACCAAUAACGAGUGGAAGCUGCUCACUCCGCUCGAAGAGGGACCUACUCCUCGUAGCUUCCACACGAUGGCAGCUGAUGAGAACAACGUUUAUGUUUUCGGUGGAGUGAGUGCUACGGCUCGGCUCAACACACUAGACGCUUACAACAUCGCUGAACAAAAGUGGGUGCAGUGUUCCACCGAAGAGUCUCCAAGCAUAAGAGGAGGAGCCGGGCUCGAGGUGGUGCAAGGAAAGGUUUGGGUGGUCUAUGGAUUCGAUGGAUGUGAAUUAGAUGAUAUUCAUUACUAUGACCCUGUUGAAGACAAGUGGACACAAGUGGAAACCACCGGUGAGAAGCCUUGCGCUAGGAGUGUGUUCGCUAGUGCAGUUGUUGGGAAACACAUUUUGGUCUUUGGAGGUGAGAUUGCAAUGGACCCACAAGCUCACGUGGGACCGGGUCAACUGUGUGAUGGGACUUUUGCCUUGGAUACAGAGACGUUGACGUGGGAGAGGGUUGAUAAGUUAGAUGAUGAUGAGACUCCAGGUGUCAGGGGAUGGUUGGCUUCCGCGAGUGGAACCAUUGAUGGGAAGCAAGGGCUUGUGAUUUUUGGUGGGAAAUCUCAAACCAAUGACCGGUUUGGUGAUCUCUUCUUCUAUGGAAUUGAAUCCGCUUAA